AUGGCUAAAUGUGUAGGACCAAGAGAUUUAAAUCGUCAGCGAAAUCAAUUUUCACGAAAUGAACGUGAUCAUUUGUUGAAUAUAAUGAGAGAAUUUGGUCAAAGAUUAGAAGAUAAAAACUUAUCAAUACUAGCAAGGAAAGAAAUCUGGAUGACAAUCGAUAAAAAAUUUCAGGAAGGUGGAUUUAGCGAUCGAUCUAUUGCUCAAUUAAAAAAAUACUGGCAGAAUUAUAAAUAUCACAAUGCAAGAAAUAAAUGGCGAAAAAUACAAGAAGAUGCAUUUUUCGUCCAUCCAUCUGCAGUCAAGAACAUUCCUUUGCUGAGCUGUCGACAUUUAAAUUAUGCUGAAAAACCGUAUUUUAUGCCUAAUGAGUCUGACUUGUCUUAUGAUCCACUUGAACAACCUGCUGUAAUUAUCUCGGAUACAGACACUUCAGGUUCUUCAGUAACUGUAUCAGUGUUAAUGAACAAUAAAACGAUCCCUACUGAAUACAAUAAUUCAUCAUCUCACGAAAAUGAAACAGAAAAUGAAGAAUCACAAGUGAAUAAAACAAAAAAAAUGAAUGGAAAAUAUUUUUUAUUUGAACCAAGAAAAGUAUCUAAUCCAGAAUUAUCUGGAAAAUUUAUUGAUGGUGAAAAUGACUUUUUAGUUGGGAAAAUAGACUCAAAGUUAUCAUCAGAAAGUUCACAGUCACUAGAGAAAAGUGAUGAUGAUAUUACUAUUGAUCAGUCGACAGAGCUUAACCAUUCUAGAAAUUCUAGGAACCCUGAAAAUCAAGUUGGGGAAUAUAAUAUGCAAAUUGAUUAUACGAGCCAUCAGAGAAGCCUUAGAGAUGGCUUCCAACAUGAAAAUAUUCAUGUAAUUCGUCAAUUACAACUUUUACGUCAAUUAGAGGCUGAAGAACAUCGAUUGAAGGCGAAACUUGCAGAAAUGACACUGAAGGAAAUACACUUAAGGAUUCUUCAUCGUAAAGGAGAGCGUGAGUACAUGCAUGAUGAAAAUUAAAGGGGUAAAAUUAUCUCAAAUGGUGAUGGGAUGUUAAUGAAU